AUGACAACGACAGCUACUGCAGGAUCUACGGAGUCGCUGCUUACAGAACAGGCAAAAGCAGACUUGCAAUGGAUCGCGGCUCAACGAGAAUCUAUCUUACGCGAAGUAGACAGGCAGCAAUCCGAACUGGGUCGCAAGAAAGAGGAACUGGACAAGUUAAGCCGCGAGGUAGCAGAGGGGAUACUCAGCGGGAGUCGUCAGGCAAUGGCGACGGGAUCAGGGCAGCGAUUGGCGGGACAAGGCGCUAUUACGUCGGAGGACUGGAUUCAAAAAAUGCUGAAUGAAAUCAAACACAUCAAGCUCGGAUCAUCGGAUCAAACGUCCCAGGAAGAACGAUCUUUGGGACAAAGCUCUACACCGAAACUGAGUAACUUAGUUAACCCUCAGACUUCUCAACCCUCCGCUGGUACGUUUACGGUGCUGAACCGUCCGCCCGUCCUUUCAACGGGCUACACAGACUACUCGGACACCGCAAGUAACAUCCCUAGAACAUCCGCACCAUCACAAGGACAGUCGCAUCAACUUCUGCAAGAUUGGUCACAACAAAACUGGUCACCCCAGGACUGGUCGCAACAGGAGCAGAGGGCACGGCAGCCACCACAAAGUGGGUCACAGUCGCACCAAGGUGGGCCACAGCAAGGUGGACCUAAGACAUCGCAGGGUGGAUCGCAGGUUCCACAAGGCGGGCAACAGCCUCCGCAGGGUGGGUCACAACUUCCACGAGGUGGAUUGCAAUCACAACAAGGCCAGCCGCAACUACCACAGGGAUUGCCGCAAUCGCAAGCACCGCAGAGUUGGCCACAGCAGCAACCACCACAGGGUUGGCCGCAGCCACAACCGCCACAGGGUUGGCCGGAACCACAACCACCGCAGGGUUGGCCACAGCCACAACCACCACUGGGUUGGCCACAGACGCAACCACCACAGAUCUGGCCGCAGCCGCAGCCACAACAGGGCUGGCCACAGCCGCAACCGCAACAAGGCUGGCCACAACAGGGUUGGUCGGAGAAUCGCUCGCCACAACAAGGACAGGUACCACAGAGUGGGCCUCAACAAGGAAACCCAGCACCAAACCCUCCAACAGGUCCCACGCCACAACAGCUACUCGCUAGACAGAUUAUGCCGAAGGAACUUCCCAAAUUUUACGGAAACCCCGAGGAUUGGCCCCUCUUCCUUGCAGCAUUCACCAACAGUACCGACGCCUGUGGAUAUACCAAUGUGGAGAACAUGGCUCGUCUUCAACACGCGAUACAGGGAAGGGCGUUGGAACAGGUGAAGGGACGGUUGCUCUACCCCACACUCGUACCCCAGGUGAUGUCGACUCUGUAUAUGCUCUACGGAAGACCAGAGUUAAUCAUCCAGACGUUGCUGGACAAGGUGCGGGAAUGUCCGCCCCCGAAGGCAGAAAAACUAGAAACGUUAAUUACCUUUGCCAUGGCUGUACAGAACUUGUGCGACCAUAUAAUAGCUGCAGGCCAGGUGGCACAUCUCUGCAACCCUGUCCUCCUACGGGAGUUGGUAGACAAGCUCCCAGCGCAACAACGCCUGAACUGGGCACUAUUUAAACAACAGUUCCCAGUGAUUGACCUUAGCACAUUCGCCGCCUACAUGAUGAGACUAGCGGAGGCGGCUUCCGAGGUCACGGUCAUAACUGAUUCGAAGCAGACACGGCGGGCUGAACGCGGCGGAGAAAGGAGCUACAUGAACGUACACUCAACCAGCGACUCGCCGACAAGAGACGAACCCCAAAAGGAAGAAACAUCGAAGAAAGAGGUUGGGGAGAUUCGAUGCUUGGCGUGUAACUCAACGAACCACAAGGUGAAGAACUGCGGAAAGUUUCAAAAGUGGGAACUCAAUUUGCGCUGGAAGCUAGUUCAAGAUAAUCACCUCUGUAGGACAUGUCUGGGUAAACACGGGCGUCGCCCGUGUAAUCUGAGAACGCGAUGCGGUGUGGACGGAUGCCAGGAACGGCAUCAUGAACUGCUACACCGUGAGGCCCCCAAGGAUCAAACGUCAUCACAGGAGGGACAGAAUCAAGCCGGAGAAACGAAGACCGCAGGAGAUGGGUUCAAUGCUCACCACGCUACCAAGAAGUCUACAUUGUUCCGAAUUCUUCCGGUGACACUAACCUGGAACGGGAGAUCUGUGAACACAUUCGCAUUUCUUGACGACGGUUCCGACUUGACCCUAGUCGAGCAAUCUAUCGCGGAACAUCUGGGAAUCGACGACGGUGUACCUACUCCUCUUUGUCUAUCCUGGACCAGCAACGUGACAAGACAAGAACCGAAGUCCCAACGCAUUCGUCUGGAGAUCUCCGGAGAAGGCAAGAAAGAACGGUUUACUCUGAACGAUACGAGGACGGUAGCCAGCUUGGACCUGCCAAAGCAGACAAUGCAGUUCUCUGAUCUCGCGCGAAAAUUCACCUAUCUGCGAGGUCUGCCAGUCAGAAGCUACGAGGCAGCCACCCCCGGCAUCCUGAUCGGCUCCAACAACGCGGGACUCAUUGCCACGCUGAACCUGCGUGAAGGCGAACUAGGCGAUCCACUAGCCAGUAAAACACGACUGGGCUGGACAAUCUAUGGAUCUUCUUCAGACGGGCAGAGAACGGCCAACUUUACGCUACACGUCUGCAACUGUCGGGAGGACCAGCAUGCUGACCAGGAAUUGCACGACCUCGUGAAACGCCACUUCACAGUCGAGAGCAUCGGCGUUUCAGCAGACAAGGGCCCUGAAUCCGAAGAAGACAAGCGUGCUCGCCGCAUCUUGGAGGAGACAACAAAACGUGUUGGGGAUAGGUUUGAGACCGGCCUUCUCUGGCGCCACGACGAGACUAGGUUUCCAGACAGCUUCCCGAUGGCGAUGCGACGCCUGGAGUGUUUCGAACGAAGGAUGAAAAGGGACCCCGAGCUGCAGGCAAGCGUUCAGCGGCAAAUUAAGGAGUACUUGGAGCGUAGUUACAUUCACGAGGUGACGCCGGAGGAGAUUGAAAGCGCAAACCCUCACAAAGUCUGGCACCUACCCCUGGGCGCCGUGCGGAAUCCAAAGAAGCCAGGAAAAAUCCGACUAAUUUGGGAUGCCUCAGCAAAGGUCGGGAACGUCUCUCUGAAUGCAAUGCUCCUCAAAGGACCUGACCUGCUCACGCCUCUAGCCUCAGUGUUGUGCGGCUUUCGGGAACGGCCAGUAGCCGUUUGCGGUGACCUGCGACAAAUGUUUCACCAGUUCAGAAUUCGGAGCGAGGAUGUACACAGCCAGCGAUUCCUUUACCGGGAACACUUCACUGAACCAGUCAAGGUAUUCGCAAUGGACGUAGGAAGCUUCGGUGCCACCUGCUCACCCUGCCAAGCCCAGUACAUUAAAAAUCGGAAUGCCAGAGAGCACGAAAAGGAAUUCCCCGAAGCGGCCAAAGCGGUCAUAAACAAGCACUAUGUUGACGACUAUCUAGAUAGUUUUGACACUGAAGCUGAAGCCAUCAAAGUCGCGCUGGAUGUCAAGGAGCUGCACUCCCGCGGGGGAUUUGAAAUAAGAAAUUGGCACUCAAAUUCAGAAGCCCUUCUGACACGGGUCGGGGAGCCGAAACAUGUCUCCACGAAGGCCAUCAGCAUCGACUCGGAGAGCGAAGCAGAACGAGUUCUGGGGUUGCUGUGGUUGCCGGAAGAAGACCUGCUCGCAUUUGCCACAGAGCUACAGCUAGACGGAAUUCCUCCAACGAAACGGAACAUCCUACGUUGCGUUAUGAGCUUGUUCGACUCCCAAGGUCUGCUUUCCCACAUUACCAUUCAAGGGAGGAUGAUCAUUCAGGACACCUGGCGCAGCAAAGCAAAAUGGGACGACGAAGUCAUCGCGACGAUACGUGCGCGGUGGAUUAGGUGGACACAGCUGUUCAAAAAGGUCGGAGAAAUCAGGCUGAACCGGGCGUACUUCCCAGGAUUCUCCGCAGCAGAGAUUGGCGCGGUUGAGCUACACGUCUUCACUGAUGCGAGCGAGGAAGCGUACGCCUGUACUGCCUACUUCCGGGUCGUAAUCAACGGGAAAGUGUACGUCACGCUGGCGAUGGCUAAAGCAAAGGUUGCUCCGUUGAAAGCGUUGUCAGUACCACGUCUGGAGUUGAUGGGGGCUCUGCUGGGAACACGGCUGGCGAAAGCUGUAAUAGAAUACCACUCCUUUCCUAUCUGUCGGCGGGUCUUUUGGACAGAUUCAAAAACAACGCUCGCCUGGAUCCAGUCGGAACAUCGCCGGUAUCGACAAUUCGUGGCUUUCAGAGUAGGAGAGAUUUUGAGCAAGACCGAUGUCAUCGAAUGGAGAUACGUCCCUACACUGCUCAACCCGGCUGACGAAGCAACCAAAUGGGGAAAGGGACCCAGCACUGACGUCAACUCAAGGUGGUUUUGCGGACCGGAAUUCCUUUACCUACCAGAAACGGAAUGGCCGGGGCAAGCGACGACAGAACUGGAAACGGACGAAGAGCUUCGGCCCUGUAUGGUUCACCGAGAACAUCAAACGGAAGAUGUCUAUGAGAUCACCCGCUUCUCCCGUUGGGAGCUCCUUCAAAGGACCGCAGCAUACGUUCAACGCUUCAUCGGGAACUGUAGACGCAAAAUGCAAAACCAGCCUUGCGCAACGGGGUGCUUGAAAGGGGAAGAGUUGCGGACAGCAGAGAACAGCUUGUGGCGCACGGUUCAGCUGUCAGCAUACCCGGACGAAAUUAUCGCUUUAAAACAAGGAGAAGCACGACCCAAGAAGACCAUCGAGAAGACAAGUCCCAUCUAUAAGCUGACGCCAUACUUGGACGAGAAUGGUGUGAUGCGAGUCGACAGCCGUAUUGGCGCCGUUCCGUACGUCCACUUCGACUUCAAGUACCCUAUCAUCCUGCCGCGGCGUCACUACCUUACCAAGCUGAUCGUCGACUGGUAUCACCGCAGUUGUUCUCCAAGUGGCAAAGGAUUGUCAGACCUGUAA